CUUCAUCCGCGCUACAUAAUAGAUACGGCCAAGGCUGCACAACAUCCACUCCAACUAUCUUACAGAUGUAGUCUGGAGAGCCUACUCGAAAGGCUCGAUAUUUCGUUUAGAAACCUCCAAGCCGCCGUGAACGAUGUUAAUUUCGUACUCCGAGCUCUACUGAUGCUUGCAGUCAGAGAUGCGGAACGCCAGUUGGAUGCUUCUGUCCUUCCAUAUUGGCUGCUGACAUUUAAAGCA